ACACGCGCACCGGAAGCUCUGGGUUGAGGCCUGGAGGUGACCGAAUGGAAGAGGCUCGAACUUCAGUAUAAAUAAAGAAUAAAAACAGAGUUUAAUUCUAUUUAAUUCCAUUAUUAUUAUGGGUUCUCACCUGGUGAGGAGUUAUAUAACAGAGCGGGACACCGCACCGGACCCUAAAGUUCCGUUUAAUAAUGAUCCGCAGUUCGGCUUCAGUCCGGAGAGGAAAGAGAGAGUGCCCGUGGCCACUCGGGAGCAGAUGAACUUGGCCAUGUUGCCGCUGGAGCAGCGUGAUUACUGCGCUCAUCACCUCAUCAAACUCAUGAAGUGUAAGAGGGACAAUUUCCCAAACUUCCUCGCCUGUAAACACCAGAGACACGACUGGGACUACUGUCAACACCAGGAUUACGUGAUGAGGAUGAAGGAGUACGAGCGCGAGCGGAGACUGAACCUGAGGAACAAGAGGAUCGACGCUCAGGCGGCGUAACCGCCUCCCUCUCUCGCCCCCGCGAGGGUUCUGUACAUACUGACCGGCUCUGGGGAAUAAAGAGCUCCUUUAUCAUCA